GUCCAACAUUUUCAAAACUCUGUUCGGAGAUAACCCCGAACAGCAGAGUUCUGUUUCCAUCUUUUCCGACGACAAUCCCUUCCGUAGAAAACCAAGUGAUAGUUCCCAAACACUCCAUCAACAGAAAAAACAACAGCUAGGGUUGGGGUUUGGUUCACCUGACGAUGUUGGGAACACUGCCAAUGGUGAUUUUGAAAACCCUAAUUCGAAGAGGAAGAGGAACAAAGAUAAGAAACGGAGUUUGGAUUUGGGUUCGAUUGAUGAAACUUCGGAGACCCAUUUGGAGAUUAAGAAAUCGAAGAAGAGUGAACCAAAAAGCUCUAAUUUUGGUGUGGAAUUGGAGCAGAGAGGUGAAGGGGAGAAGUGUGAGUUGGGUUUUGAUCCCAAGGAAUCGUUCAAGCGAGGCAAGGAAAGGAAACACAAGUUGGGUUCAGAAUCUGAAAGAGGUCAAGGAAAUGACCCUAGUUUGGGUUUGGAGUUGAAUGGGAUUGUGAAUUUGGAGGUGGAGGGGACAGAGAAGAAGAAAAAGAAGAAGAGAAAGAAGGAUGAGCUCGAGGUGGAGUACGAAGCACAGCGGUAUGGGGUUGUGGCGAGCAAUGAUGAAGAUGGAGAGGGAGGAUUGGGAGGGAAAGUUGUUGGGGAGAAGAAGAAAAAGAUUGAUGAUCCAGUUGAUUUGAUGGUUCCAAAAGAAGGUUUUGAUGAUGAGGCUAAGCUUUUGAGGACUGUGUUUGUUGGGAAUUUACCAUUGAAGGUUAAGAAGAAGGCUUUGUUUAAGGAAUUUAGCCGGUUUGGAGAGGUUGAGUCUGUGAGGAUUCGGUCUGUUCCUCUAUUGGAUACCAAAAAACCGAGAAAGGGUGCGAUAAUCCAGAAGAAAAUCAAUGAUGUUGUUGACAGUGUUCAUGCAUACAUUGUUUUUAAAACAGAGCAAGCUGCCCAGGCUUCUUUGGCCCAUAAUAUGGCUGUGGUUGGAGAAAAUCACAUCCGUGUUGACAGGGCAUGCCCACCACGCAAGAAACUGAAGGGAGAGAAUGCUCCACUCUACGAUAACAAGAGGACUGUUUUUGUGGGUAACCUCCCAUUUGACGUGAAGGAUGAGGAAAUUUAUCAGUUUUUUUCUGGUAUCAAGGAUCUGGAAUCCAGCAUUGAGGCCAUUCGGGUUGUCAGAGAUCCUGGUUCUAGUGCAGGGAAGGGCAUUGCUUAUAUCUUGUUUAAAACAAGGGGUGCAGCAAACUUGCUUGUUAAAAAACGCAGCUUGAAGCUCCGAGAUCGUGAACUAAGGCUCUCUCAUGCCAGAUCAAACAUCACACCAUCUAAGAGGAGCAAUCCAUCAUCCACAGAGAGAGAUGAUUUUCCGGCCAAGAAGAAAGCUGUGGAAUUCAAGACUCCUGACAGUAGCUCUUACCAGGGAGUGCGGGCUAGUAAAUCUGGUGUGCAGAAGAAAGUUUCUAAAGUCAUUGCGCCACAGAAGUUCAAAUCCAGGACUCAAAAAGUAGAGAAGCUGAAAGAGUGGACAGGAAAGAGACCAGCAGUGGCUGCUAGAAAGGCAAAUGCACUGAAGGGUGGUAGCGGUUCUUCGAAACAAACUGGGAAAAAACACAAGCUGGAAAGCCGCACUUCAGGUCCAAACAAGAAAAUCAAGAAAUUCAGAUAGGAUUUUCCAUGUAAUCAAAGCCUUUGAAAAUGACAUGGCUCAGAUAAGUUUUCAACUGCAUGCUGCCGAGGAUUAUUUGAUCAGAUAUUUUGUAUUUUAUUUUAUACCAAUGUGGGAAAUAUAAAUUAUGAGUCGAGUGAUUAUAGAUUACUGAUUAGUUUCUUUGAUUUUGAUAGCGAAACUCUGAUGUAUCGGACUUAGUAGCUUGUUCUGGUUGGUACUUUUCCAAGUACCAUGAAACGAUUCUAGGGUUUAGGGGAGUGAUUCAAGGGAAUGUUGAACCCUAAUUGACCAUUAGAAUGUCAAAUACUGAGCUUUUAGAACCUCUUCUAGCAUGUCAGGACUUGCCUCUGGUUGAUCUGUCAUCGUCUGUGUAUGGUAGUAAGUCCUAUGCAUCCAAAUUUCGUAAAAAAUAUCGAUGAGAUGCAAGCCUGUACUGGAUUUGAAAGCUUAAAGGAUAUCAGCUAGUGAACUUGUAUG